AUGGAGGAGUGCGCGGGCCUCUGCGGCGUGGGCUCUUCUCAGGGACAUCAGUGUCUUCAGAAGCGCCAGCGCCCAGCUGAGACGGCAGCGGCCGACUCCAAGCGGUGUCGUCAGGAGUGCCAGGGCCCAGCUGAGAUGGCAGCGGCCCACAGAAAGCCGUCCCCGGCAGAAAAGCACGUCGAGGUGGACGAGGCAGCGCGGCGCUGUGCGGUGAGGGUAGGAAUCGCGAGCCCCCCGCCGCCCCCGUCCCCGCCGCCCUGCUCCCUGCAGGACCUGCCGGUGGAGAUCAUCUGGAGACGGUGCUGCCGCGAGGAGUUCGGCGUUCGGGAAAACCUGCAGAACCCGGAGACGACCGGUAUGUCUUACCGAGAAGUCUACGCGAAGCUGUUCUCAUACAGACACAUUUUGGGGUUGUGGCAGCUAAAUUAUAGCGUUAGAAUACUGCUGAACGUCGUGGUGGACGGCUUAUGCAUUACUGCCUGGCCGUACAGGCCUCGCCUUAACCCCCCUGCGCGGGGCCCAAUCCAUAUCCAGCCCUCGUUCCGAAUCCGCCUGGCGGAGCGGAACUCGGCCGCGCUCGAGUGCCUGGAGGGCCUCCUCGGCAGGCCCCACCGCGGCCACCUGCAGAUCCAGGGGGACAGGCUCACCAUCCGGUGCAAGCGGACCGACCACCGGUCGGGUUCCCCAACGCGGCUCGGGGGAGAACGGGGGCGGGGGCAGGAGGACGGACAGCGGUAUGACUGCCUGACCUACCGCCGCCUCUACCUCCCGCCGCGCCGCCCGGACGACCUCAUCCGGCCAGGCCUCUUCCACCGCAAAUACAGCGCCUUCGGCCCGACGACCGUCAUGCUCAGCUUCCACGGCAAGUACGCCAGGGUGACGAGGCUCAUGGGGAUCGGCUCGAAGGUGCUAGAGAUCCACCUCAGGCGCCGCAUCCCGCUGCCGGAGGGCGAGUUCUUCCGCGACUUCGACGAGCUCUCCCGCGUGGUCCGGGAGAUGGACGAGCAGAGCGCCGCCCAGCCCAGCGCCGGGGAGUCCGGGGCCGCAGCUGCGGAGGAGCAGCCUGUCCGGUUUGUGCUGCCUGCGGGCGUGCGCUCCAGUGACCAGAACUACCCCCGCACCUGCAGGAUGUGUUUCUACGGCGUGGACAUUGAGUCCUUCGCCUACCCCAGGCACUGCUGCCCCGGAGUCUUCAUCCUGUUCGAUGAGGACCACUUCGGGUUCAUCUGGCUGGAGGAGGAAUACUUCUUCUGGUAG